CUGUGCUUAUGCCAACUUAUGCAGUCUGUAGAAGUUAAAAUCAUCGGUUCUUGUCGGCUCCGUUUGAUCAUCAGCUGAACCACUCAGUUUUUUUAUGAGAGAUAUUUUGGCUGUGAAAAUCCUCGUGCGAUUAAACGUAAACGAGAGAAUAUCAAUUCAUUAGUCGUGGAAAAUGGGCGGCGAGGAAGGAUUGGGUGUAACUACCGGCCAACCUAAUCUCUACAAACAAGAUCUGUCCAAGCUCGAUGUUAGUAAAUUAACUGCAUUGUCACGCGAAGUAAUAAGCAGACAAGCUACAAUUAAUAUUGGAACUAUUGGACAUGUAGCACAUGGAAAAUCGACAAUUGUAAAAGCUAUUUCAGGGGUACAAACUGUACGUUUUAAGAAUGAACUGGAAAGGAAUAUCACUAUUAAGCUUGGAUAUGCAAACGCAAAGAUCUAUGAGUGCAACAACGCAAAAUGUCCUCGGCCAGGACGCUACAUAUCCGGCGGUUCCAGUAAAGACGACUCGUUCCCUUGUUUGCGUCCGGUUUGUCAAGGAAGAUUCGAAUUGGUUCGCCAUGUCUCCUUCGUCGAUUGUCCUGGACACGACAUUCUUAUGGCUACUAUGCUUAACGGCGCGGCUGUUAUGGACGCCGCUUUGCUUUUAAUCGCUGGCAACGAGUCAUGCCCACAGCCUCAAACAUCAGAGCACUUGGCGGCUAUCGAAAUUAUGAAGCUAAAGCACAUAAUUAUCCUGCAAAACAAAAUUGACUUGGUGAAAGAAGCGCAAGCGAAGGAGCAAUAUGAACAAAUCUUGAAGUUUAUUCAAGGUACUGUGGCGGAUGGCGCGCCAAUAAUUCCGAUUUCGGCACAGCUGAAAUACAACAUCGAAGUAUUAUGCGAAUACAUCACUAAGAAGAUCCCGGUUCCAAUGAGAGAUUUCACAUCGGAGCCACGACUGAUUGUUAUCCGAUCAUUUGAUGUGAACAAACCGGGUUGUGAGGUGGAUGACUUGAAGGGCGGCGUCGCUGGUGGUAGUAUUCUCAGAGGAGUGCUAAAGGUCGGUAUGGAAAUCGAAGUUCGUCCAGGAUUGGUAUCGAAGGACAGCGAAGGGAAGCUAACUUGUCGUCCGAUAUUCUCACGUAUUGUGUCUCUGUUCGCUGAACAGAACGAACUGCAAUUCGCUGUACCGGGUGGUCUAAUUGGUGUCGGAACUAAGAUCGAGCCCACCCUGUGCCGUGCUGAUCGUCUAGUCGGGCAAAUUCUUGGAAGUGUCGGCGCAUUGCCGCAGAUAUUCAUUGAAUUGGAAAUUUCGUAUUAUCUGCUCAAGCGUUUAUUGGGCGUGAGAACUGAAGGCGACAAAAAGGGCGCAAGGGUACCGAAACUAUCAAGGGGAGAAGUAUUGUUAGUGAAUAUCGGGUCAUUGAGUACCGGUGGCAGAGUGCUGGCUACUCGCGCCGACUUGGCGAAGAUCAGCCUAACGAAUCCGGUGUGCACGGAGGUCGAUGAGAAAAUUGCGUUGUCCAGACGCGUGGAAAAGCACUGGCGUCUUAUCGGAUGGGGACAGAUUUGCGGCGGUCAGACAAUAGAUCCUAUUCUAGAUCGAAAGUAAUUCUGCUGCAAUUUUAAAUGGAUUUCCUUGGAAGAAGGAAACCAUUUCUUCAAUCUGUUAACACCGUAAUUGGCCACAAUUAUAUGAGAAAUAUUUAUAAUAAAUACUUGAACCUGA